UGUGCGUUGCGGGUGGGAUGGGUGCGCGCGGGUGUAAGGGGGGCUAGCGCCGCCGAGCGACGGCCUGUCUACGGCGGCGAGUCGGCGACACCCUGUCUGCCACGGUCGGCACCGUUGCCAUUCCGUGCGCAUUCCUAUCCGCCCGCUCCCCUCGAUGCUCGUGAGCCGCCCGCGCGCACUAAGUGGCAACAUCGCAUGCAAACUUGUUUCGUAAACGGAUGUGGCAGCGACCGGGGCAGGGCACGAUUAUCUGUCUUCUUCUACAAUGCGAAACUUUGUGCUCAGGAAAGAGAUAGAAAUGGUGGCGCUACGUGCUAUCGGCUCCCACUUGCGGCAUUUUUUCACGCCGAGAAUGAGGCGAGAUUACUGCGUAAAGCUGCGUACACAAGGGCCGAUGCACAGGACUAUGGACGUGUAGAGCCGUUAACUUAUCGCAUUAACCCAGCACCAGAUGGCCACAGGUGCGGCGUAUGUCCCACGUAUUUCCAAAAGAUCUGCGCGUUCGACCCCAAAUCCAACUCGACGUACAUAUUCGACAAUCACUGCGUAAUGGACUUGUACAACUGCAUGGAAGACAGUGCAUUUUUCCCGAUGAAAUACGAAAAAUGUUUGUACUUCGGUAACUUCGCUUACGUCCACGGAUACAAACACGAAGAUCUCGACUACGGCGAGGAACAUCUCACAGUGUUACACUCAAAAAAGAACCCAGAUUUUAUAUGAUAAUGUAUUUUUAUUUAAUUAAAUGAUUUACGUAAUAAAUGUUAUAGAGAAUUAAACCUAGUACUAAAGUACA